AGCGCAUCACUUCAGUACCGUCCCAACCGUUCGCGACUCAAAAUGCCUUGGACCCGCCCGUCGACCGUGCCCUUUCCCAGCGUAUGGCUCCGCUUCCAGGCCAAGGGUCUCGACUCCCCCGAACCGGUGUGGUACGUUGUGCAGGACGUCCCGGAAGAUCGCUUCGAGGAUGCGGUUCGCUUCAUGAGCCACUUCUUCCCCCACGACGAACAGCUGAACGAGGUGCUGGGAUUCGUGGAUGAUCCGCUUGCGUUGGAAGAAUCGGUCCGCCUUUGGAGGGACAUGGUGCGUCAACGGGUUUCGUUGGUUUGCUUCCGGGAGGGUUCGUCCGAGAUUGUCGGGGCCAACAUGCUGGGAGUGUCUUGCGAGGCGGAUCAGAAGAGGGAGGAGCUGUUUGGGAGUGCGAUCCUGCAGACCAUCUACGACACCACCAAGUACGUGUCCAAACAGGCGAAUCUCUACGAGCGGUACGGCGUUCAGGAGUACCUGUCCGCGAUGGGACUUUCGGUGGAUCCGAAGUAUCGUGGACGAGGGAUCGCAACGGAACUGCUGCGGGCGAGGAUUCCGCUUUGUAGAGCGGUUGGAAUACGGUUGACCUCGACGUGCUUCACCGGUGCUGGGUCGCAGAUUGCCGCGGCUAGGGCCGGUUAUACGGAGGACUAUUCGGUGACUUAUGGAGAGUUGAAGGCGAUUGACGCGAGGUUCGACUUUCCGGGGAUCGAAAGCAAACCGUGCAAGUACAUGAGCUAUCGAAUUGAGUGAAUUUGGUUAAAUUUUGAAUUAAAAACGACGAAAUAAAGUUCAGAUCAGCGAGA